GAUGUGUCUACUUUUUACGAUACGUGGCAGAGGAAGUAAAACGUAAACUAAGUGAAUAAAAAUGAAAAUAAUUUUAGAAAUUUCUUCGAUUUAGUGAUGAAAUUUUGGUUCAAUUUGUGUAGUUCUCGUUCUGCUUGAAUUUCCGCGUUCGAGCUCGUAUUCGAAAGUGCCCAUCGGUGAAAUAUCCAACCGUACAAGCCAGCCAAAGGAACAUCUUCAGUGAUAAGAUUUUUACCAAUUUUCGCCUUUAUUCAAGGUGAAAGUAAUGCUAUAAGGCGAUGAAUGCUGGAUCGUAUCAUCAGCAAGCGCAGCAUCCGUUGCAAUUCAACAUAAAUCAACAUCAUUCCUCGCCGACUGGAUCUAAUGACGCAGAUAACGGAAUGAAUAAUCAUAGCAUUCCUAAAUAUCCUCCGGGAGGUAUGAACACCAUGAUACCAUCAGGUAAUUCGGAUGGACCAAAUAUGCCACCUGGUAUCGAUCAUAUUACCAAAAAUGUAAACAAAAUGACGGUUCAAGAUGGUUUACACUACGAACGUCCUUCGUUUCCUACACAUUCUGUGGAUCAGAAUGAAAAUAUGGCGUCUAAUAACAGUUUACACGGGGCGAAAAAUUAUCCUCACGAGUUCAAUAACGUGACUAAUAAUAUUCCAAAUGUUUCGCCCGCUUCGAAUUACCAAUGGAAACAAUCUGCAAAUGACGGUUUGUACCCGAAUAAUAACGCUGUGUUGAAUAACGCUCCUGCUCCUGCUCCUGCAUCGUAUACUUUUGGCGACAGUCUUCAAGCCACCAGCAACAAUGUGCCGCCUCGUCCACCAUCCACUCAAAUGAAUAGUUUUCCUCCGCAGAAUAAGUCAUAUUCGCCAGCACCUCAGAAUAAUUCGUAUCCGUCGCCACCUUCUCAGAAUAACUCAUUUGCUGCGAUUAAUUCUUCGUUUGGUGGAGCGUCUCCGGCUAGUAAGGCUUUUCCAUCUCAGAAUGAUUCAUUUUCUGCUGCCGGACCUCCGAAAGCUAGCGAUUCGUUUCCUUCGCCAGUUUCCAAUGCGCCUUAUUCUCCUUACACGCAAUCCAAUUCGUUUUCUAAUGAUUCCGGACCUCAGUCGAAUUCGGUUAAUUCGAAAUUUGCGACUGAUUCGUUUAGAUCAUCUAUUCCGCCUUCUUCUUAUCCCGCUAGUGCUGAAUCUAAACCGCUGUUUCCUCCGGCGAGUUCUACGAUGAAUGCUGCGUCAGGGCCUCAGCAAAAUUCUGCGUUUCCAAAAACGCAGAAUAGUUUCAUUCCACCUAUGCCAACUCAAUCAUAUCCCGCUGGUGGUGAAUCGCAGCCGCAGUUUCCGGGAGCAGCGGUAAAACAGCAGUCCAACUCUACACCGGGGCUACAGCAGAAUGCGAUGCCUUCCAAACCGCAGCACAAUUUCCCUCCUACAAAUUAUCCUUCGAGCAACGAAUCGCAACACGGUUAUCCUCCGAUGUCAGGACCGCCGCAAUCGGUAUCUCAGCAGAACUCGAUGCCUCCCAAACCGCAGAGCAAUUUCGCUCCACCCGUAUCAUCGUCGAACUAUCCUCCGGCUCCUAGCUCUCUAAGCACGGUACCUUUGAAACCGCCUAGUUCGUUUCCUACUCCAACGAAUGCGUCUUAUCCGGCGGCGCCUCCUACAUCGGAACGAAACUCUUUCGCAGCUGCUGCCAAGCCUCCAAAUUCGUAUCCUCAAAGCGCAUUUGCACCGCCUACUCAACCAGGAUCUUAUUCGAUGCCUAAUAAGAUACCGAGUUCGUUCCCUGGAGCACCUCAAGAGCAGUCUUUCGCGCCGCCAUCUCAAACUUCAUUCGGUGGACCGCCCGGAGCACCUCAAGUGAAUGCAUUUCCUCCUUCGUCGUCGGUGUACCAAAAUCAGCCGCCUAAUAGCGGCUAUCCGAAUAACGCCAAUGGACCUCCGGCUGCGCAGGGAUAUCCUCCGUAUAAUCAAAAAUCAGCAUUUUCACCUCCGUAUUCAAAAAUGCCAGGUAGUCCGGAUAUGCCGCCUCAAGGGGCAUACGGUGGCCAUCAAUACGGUGGUAUGCCUCAGCAACCACCCCAGCAACAGUAUCAACGCAAAUUGGAUCCGGAUAGUAUGCCCAAUCCGAUCGAAGUUAUGUCGGAGGAUCGUAAAGUAUUUUCUAAUAAACCGUUCCAUACGAAUCAAGCAGGCUUGGUGCCGCCUUUGGUUUCCACUGAAUUCCUCGUCGAAGACGAGGGUAACGCUAAUCCUCGUUUUAUUCGAUCCACAAUGUAUAACGUGCCCUGUAAUAUGGAUAUGAUGAAACAAGCCGACGUACCUUUCAGUUUGGUAAUUACUCCUUUAGCAACGUUAGCACCCGAGGAACAGUUACCGCCAAUCGUGAAUACCGGAGAAUUUGGUCCUGUCAGGUGUGUCCGAUGUAAAGCGUACGUUAAUCCGUUCAUGAAAUUUGUCGACGGAGGUCGCAGAUUUGUUUGCGCUCUUUGUAAAGCUGUCACCGAAGUACCAGCCGAAUACUUCCAACAUUUAGAUCAUACCGGAAAUAGAGUCGAUAGAUACGAAAGACCAGAGCUUUUAUACGGUGCUUACGAAUUUACCGUCACGAAGGAGUAUUGUAAAGAUAACGAAAUACCAAAAGUACCAGCGCUGAUAUUCGUCAUCGAUGUAUCGUAUAAUAACAUUAAAUCCGGAAUGGUUAAAAUAUUAUGCGAACAAAUGUCCGAUAUCGUGCAAAAUUAUUUGCCAACGGACGAUAACGGCGAAGAAAAUCCACGAAUGCGAGUCGGUUUCAUUACUUACGAUUCUACCGUACAUUUUUACAAUAUUAAGGCUUGCCUCGGACAACCUCAAAUGAUGAUCAUCGGAGACAUGGAAGAUGUAUUCGUUCCACUUUUGGACGGUUUCUUGUGCGAUCCUCUCGAAUCGUUGACUGUUAUUAAUUCGCUUAUGCAGCAAAUUCCAGCAACUUUUGCCGAAACUAGAGAAACCGAUACUGUUUUGUUACCUGCUAUUCAAGCUGGAUUAGAGGCAUUAAAAGCUGCAAAAUGCGCCGGAAAAUUAUUGGUAUUCCAUUCCUCAUUACCAACGGCCAAUGCUCCUGGUAAAUUAACCAUUCGAGAAGAUCGUAAAUUAUUAGGAACGGAUAAAGAAAAAGUGCAAUUAUCUCCACAAAAUUCAGCCUAUACGAAUCUGGCCCAAGAAUGUGUUAGCGCCGGUUGCAGCGUAGAUAUGUUUAUAUUUAACAACUCUCAUAUCGAUUUAGCCACCAUUGGACAAGUCAGCAAACUGACCGGUGGAGAAAUUUAUAAAUACACUUAUUUCCAAGCCGAAGUACACGGAGAACGUUUCAUCGAAGAUGUUAAACGCGAUACGAGCAGAAAUAUAGCGUUCGAUGCUGUGAUGCGAGUUCGUACGUCGACAGGCGUACGACCAGUGAGCUUCUACGGUCAUAUGCACAUGAGUAACACGACUGAUAUCGAAUUAGCUUCUAUUAACGCCGAUAAAAGUAUCGCAGUCGAAAUUAAACACGACGAUAAGUUAGCCGAAGAAGACGGCGUAUUUAUACAAGUGGCAUUACUCUAUACGUCUUGUUCGGGCCAAAGACGCGUACGUCUGUUGAAUUUGGCGCUGAAAUGUUGCACUCAAAUGGCCGACCUGUACCGUAACUGCGAAUUAGAUACUAUAAUUAAUUAUUUAUCCAAAGCUGCUGUAACAAAAUUACUCGAAGGAACGCCUCGACAAGUUAAAGAAGGCUUGGCUACCAAAUGCGCUCGUAUUUUGGCCUGCUAUCGACGUCUGUGUGCCGAUCCUUCGACUCCUGGCCAACUCAUACUUCCAGAAUGCAUGAAACUUUUACCAUUGUACACGAAUUGUUUACUGAAAAGCGACGCUAUCUCGGGAGGAUCGGAUAUGACGGUGGAUGAUCGAUGGUACAUGAUGCAGGUUGUUCUAAUAAGCGAUAUUCCAUCUUCGGUGAAUUAUUUCUACCCUCGACUUAUACCGUUAGUUAAUGUUGAAGUAUACUCCGAUGAAAUACCAAACACAAUUCGAUGCACCAGUUGUAAAUUAUUAAAUAACGAAGCGUAUUUAUUAGAAAACGGAGUCUACAUGUUCUUAUGGUUAGGAUCGCAAGUUCCAGUCGAAUGGUUGAAUAAUGUAUUCGGCGUGCCAAACGUAUCCACGGCUAUAUUGAAUAUCGCAAAAAUUCCCUUAAGAGAUAAUGCCCAGUCGAAAAGACUUUAUUCGUUGAUAGAUCGAGUGCAAAAAGAAAGAAGGCAUACGAUGAGAUUGACUGUUUUACACGAAAACGAUAAAAUGGAAGCAGUUUUCAAACACUUUUUGGUCGAAGAUGGAUCGAGCGGCGUAAACGUCGGAGACAAUCUUUCAUCAGCGUCGUACGUCGAUUUCCUUUGCUACAUUCACAAAGAAAUACGGAACAUGCUGUCUUAAUUAAAAUUAAUUAGCCAAUACGCCGUGUAAAUAUGUAUUAUACGAUACCAUUAUUGAUAAUCGCUUUAUGUUUUCGGAUACCUAUUUAAGAUUUUGUGAUGUUGAAAACAAUAACCGAACGAUGAUUCUACCGCGUAGGUUUGUUUGGCUUUAAUUUAUUUUUACGUAUUCGGAUUUCAAACCUUUGAAUCAUUAUACGGUGUUAGUUUUUUUUUCUCUUUUUAGUAAAUUGUCUCUUUUAACCGUUGCUUCGUCGUGCAUGUUUUUAUUUAAAGAAAGAAAUGAAGAAAAAAAAAUUAAUAAUAGGAGAACCAAACUUAUUUAUUACUACAUGAAGUUGAGCAUUAAAAGCAUUCUUUAAUUGAUAAUUUUCUCAUUUUUUUAUGAGUUAUUUACCCCCCGAGAUUCCUCGCGUUUCGAAAUCUGAUCUACCCUACCUGUUGUAUAUGAUGUGUAGAAGUAUGUAUUUUACCUACUGUUGUAUGAAUCACCUAAACGCACGUGUGUCUGUUUUUUUUAUAUGAUGCGCUAAUCAAAUAUCCCAAAAGUUGAAUUUUUAUUCCAUUUUUUUUUGUUUUUGUUUUUUUUUUUGCCAAUCACGUCGUCGUUCAGAUGAUCGGUAGUGAAAUGAAUUUCGUUCAUAUCAAUUUAAGAAGUCGAUGACAACUGGAAUUGAUGUUUUGCCAUUUUCACGUUGAUACGUUUUUUUUUUCGAUAGCUGGCCUUUUGAUUUUAUUGACAUGUUAUUGUUAUAUGUAAUAUUAUCGAUUAUUGUUAUAAUAAAAUUUUAUUAUUCUUCUA